AACAACUCUGAUCCUCCGUCGACCUUCCUCCGGUUCGGUCCUCCGCUUCUCCGUCCGUUUCGGUGCCGCUGUCCGCAGUUCUGUGACCCAGCAUGGCGAGCCAGUCUCAGGGCAUCCAGCAGCUGCUGCAGGCCGAGAAGAGGGCGGCCGAGAAGGUGGCCGAGGCCCGCAAACGUAAAAACCGUCGUCUGAAGCAGGCCAAGGAAGAAGCUCAGGCUGAGAUCGAACAGUAUCGACUGCAGCGAGAGAAAGAGUUCAAGACCAAGGAGGCUGCAGCGCUUGGUUCCCAUGGUAACAGCGCGGUGGAGGUGGACCGCGACACGGCCGAGCGGAUGGGUCGUAUCCAGGCCAGUUACCGCGGUAACCGAGAGGCGGUGCUGGGCGAGCUGCUGCGACGUGUCUGCGACAUUCAGCCAGAGUUUCAUGCCAACUACCGUGUGGCCGGCUGAGGGGCGGGGCCACGCCAUGCUGUGGGCGGAGUCAGGAUCAGAGGGGCAGGGCAAACAGCCGUGGGCGAUGUCCAACUUUAGCUUCGUUAGCUACAAUAACAGCCAAACCAUUUGAUGUCAGUUGGUCAGGUUUCUGAGUCGGGCCCCUCGUGUUUCUGCUGCGACACCACAACAGACAUGUUGGUGUUACUGUUUAUUUAUAAUAAAUCUCUUGUUUUUAUUGGAAUUAAGUCUUCUCCCACUCAGCCAAUCAGAGUUCAGUUUAAAGUCAAAACAACACAGUCAGCUGCUGACUGGCUGUUGUGGCUCUUUGAUCUCAGAUCUGAUUGGAUGGAUCAAGUGUAAAGGCUUUUAUUGUGAAACUCUUGUGCAUUCCUAGUGUUGUUUCCUGUUAGUGCUCAUGUGACUUCCUGUUGUUGUUUGUGACUCAUGGUAAUGAAACAUUAAAGUGGAUAUUGAUUGGA